AUGAUUUCGUACACCCGACAGCCCGCUAGCAUUGCACAGCAAGGCUAUCCGUACGAAGAGCAUUUCGUUACCACCCGGGACGGAUAUGUCCUGACGGUUCACCGCAUUUCCGGACCACGAGGAACCAAGUCCGGCAACGCAAAUCCGAGGAGAAAAUCCUUACUUUUGCUGCAUGGAUUCUUAAUGUCUUCGACUGGCUUUCUCGCUUUGGGCCCAGAGUACAGCUUGGGCUACAUCUUGGCCGAUGCAGGCUACGAUGUGUGGCUUGGCAACUUUCGAGGCAACACCUACAGCCGCAACCAUACAAGUCUUAAUCCAGACUCUAACAAAAGCUUCUGGCACUUCAGUCGGGAUGAAAUGAGUGAAUAUGACGUGCCAGCAAUGAUUGACCACAUCAUCACUCAGACAGGCCAUAGACAAGUGAUCAUCCUCGGUUUAUCCCUAGGUGGAACCAUUGGUUUAAUGACAGCCACCAACAGAACGGUAGCUGAAAAGAUUGAGCUCAUCGUCAGUAUCGCCAGUGCUGGAUUCCUAUCUCUAUUCAGUCAACAAAAUCCGAGAAACAAGAUUUUGUCCCAACUUUGGAGAGUACUGGAGAAAAUUGGCAUUUAUGAAGUACUUCCCCGCAAACUCGUCCUCAUUUACGCCUUAUCAACGUUUUGCAAAAGAGGAUCUCCUGGCCAGAGCAUUUGCAGCAUUAUUCUAGCCUCAGCUCUCGGUGAAAGAUUUUUCAUCGACGACUUAUAUGCUAUGAAGAAGAAAAUGAUGCCCGUCAUCUUCGCGAACUUGUUCGAAGGUUCAUCCGCCAGGACCAUUUCUCAUGCAGCACAACCAGAAUACAUAGGGUUCCAUAAGUUUGACUUCGGGGAGGCGGAGAACCGGCGUCGCUACGGCCAUGUCACGCCCCCGGCAUACAACGUAUCAAGGAUACCUUGCCCCGUGGCGCUCUACUGGGCAGAAAAUGACCCUACCACAAAGACCAAGGACGUCCGGAUGCUUGAGGAAACCGUACCAGGCUUCAUAAGGAAUUACCGCGUCAACAGCGAGUCUUUCGAUCAUAUAGACUUUAUUUUCUCUAAGAAAGCUAAGACGCUAGUUUACCAAGAUAUCGUCGAUCUCCUAAAUCAAUACUGAAGCGCAAACUUUCGAAUAAAACGCUUGAAUUUUGUGGUUAUAUUUUCACGAUUACUUUUUUGAUAAUUUAACGCGUUUCUAAUAGUGGAAAAUGCAUUUUUUGAAGGUAUUACUUUAUAUGACUCGGUAUAGGUUUAUGGUUAAAUUUUCUAGAGAUUUCUGGUAAUUUUUCAUUGCAGAAUUUUAAAUUAAGUAAAAACAGAAAGUGGUUUGUUUUGCAGUCAACUAUCAACAUUAGAUUCUUCAGAGACGAACAAAUUAAUGCAAAGAAUUUUUUCUAAUUUUUCUUUUUAGUUUAAAAUUUUAUAUUGCCUAGAUUAAUUGUUAUCGUUGGUUUUUCGUCUAUUACUGAUUUUUUCAGAGUGUAAAUUUCAGUAUAAAAAGUCAGAAAUGAUUCCUCAUGAAAUAUAUUUG